UUUUGUUUUUAGCUUGUGCAGUUUCACUUUUGCAUAAUCAUUUGUAAUUUUGUUUCACUUUAGCAUAAUCCUUUGUAAUUUUCAAUCACUUUCUAAGUUCCAAGUAAACCUGAUAGAUAUCAAUUCUUCUUGUUUUACUUGUUAUUUGUUUAGUGAUUGCAAAGAAGCUGAGAAUUAUCUAGGAUGCUGUCCAAACUGAUACAGAUAAACAUUCUAAUUUUUUUUUUAUAAUUUUGGGUAUAUUGUCUUGCUAUAUUCCUAAGCUGACAGGUGUGGGAGAUCACAGAGGUGAAGAAGUACAUUGAAGAGGCCUGAACAAGAUUUGAGAUUCAAUUGACAUACAAUUUUUGCUUACAAUGUUGGAUAGACUUGGUGACAUGCCCUGGGAUAUAUUAGACAAUAUCCUAGGAUGCCUACCAAUUAAAGAUGCUGUGAGGACUAGCGUCUUGUCUCGAAAAUGGAGAUAUACAUGGGUUUAUCUUUCCAAUAUUGUAUUUUAUGACAGAUGUAAGGUGUCUAUUUUCGAGUGGCCUGUGUCUAUUUUUGGGCAUUGGAAUGAACUUGCGAAAUUUGUGUAUAAUGUUUUGUUAGCUCAUCGUGGCCGGAUUGAUAAGUUCAUGCUUUCCACUCGGUUAUAUUGCCAUGACAAUGAUGCGGACCUUUGGAGCGCUUUUCUAAGCAGAAAUGGUAUCAAGGAACUCAGUCUUAAUUUAUGUUACAUGGCCAAAUAUGAGCUGCCUUCUUGUUUAUUUUCUUGUCAACAACUGAGUUGUUUGUGCAUCGCUGAGUGCUCAGUCGUAACACCACACACAUUCAAUGGUUUUAACAAUCUUGUUAGCCUCCAGCUGGAAGUUGGCCGUCCAUAUUAUGGUGCCUUCGGUAGUCUUCAUAUCUAUGCACCAAAUCUUCAAUCCUUGGAUAUGUCAGGCAAAUUCAUGACCGUCUAUUUGGAAAAUAGCCUGCAUCUUACACAACUCUCUUUUUUGAUGGACCCAAACUGGUACAUGGCUCACGACAAAGUCCCGCUUCUUGGUUUUGGGUUUCCCGUUGCAUUUGACAAUCUGAAGGCUCUUGAACUGUCUGAAGUCUGUUUUAAUGAAUUGGAUGAGAUCUCAGUUUUUCUUUCUCUUCUUGAAAGAAGCUUCUCAAAUUUGAAGUCCUUGUGCAUUUCAGCUUUUGGACCGUUUAACCAAGAUGUUUAUAAGUUAAUGGCUGCACAAAACCAAUUAUCCUAUUGCUUCAACCAACUGCAAAUUGUGAAAAUAAACAUUGCGCUGUGUCACCAAUACGUAGGAGCAUUCCAAUGCUGGAGAUCCGAUUUGGAAUUUAUCAAGCUAGUGCUUGCACGUUCGCCAGUACUUGAGAAGAUGCUUGUAGGUUAUAAUUAUCCAGAGGAUUGUGAUUUAUGGUUUAUGAGAAAGCUGCUCUCGUUCGAGCGAGCAUCAUCACAACUCGUAUUCAAAUAUUCCUCCUCUCCCAAUCCAGAACUCUAUACAGUUUCUUCCUUCCUUUAUGAUUGGUAA